AUGUUCUUCGACAUGAAAUCGGUUGCCCUGUACGGCCUCAUGGCAGUUGCCUAUGCCUCUCCUGUCCCCUUCUCCUCCCUCGAGAACAAGCUCGCCAAGAGAGUCAAGUUCAACGACUUCAGCUGUCCUGAUGGCACUACCAUCGCUGAGCACGACAUCCGCCAGGCCUUCCACGAGUGCCGCAGACACGACGACAAGGCAAUUGGCAAAUACCCCUUCCCCUUUGGCAACAAGAAGUCAGUCAACGGCCAGACUGUCCGCGUCUUGACCAAUGUCCCUGAGGGCACCGCUCUGAGAGAGUUCCCCAUCGUGGCUGGUGGAGUGUACGAGGGUGGCUCUCCUGGCGCAUACCGCAUUGUUACCGACUACAAGGACAACAGGGGUGACUUUAGAGGUGUUAUCCAGCACACUGGUGCUACUGUCGCAGGCGCCUAUGAGGCUUGCACUCCUGUUACUUCUGCCAAGAGAGACGUCGAGGAGUUUGACGAUGACGAAGAUAUCUACUACGACGCUGAAGACGACCUCGAAGUCACCGAGGACAACACUCCUUCCAAGCGCGACGAGGAAAUCGAGGAGUUCGAUGAGGAAUUCGACGAAGACAUCGAAGACGACACCAGCUCCUCCACCCUCGUCGAGCGCGGCAACAAGAAGAAGAAGGUUGGCAGCGCUACCUGCGACGGCACCACUCUCUCCAAGGACGCCGUCGGUGCUGCCUUCAAGCAGCUCAAGCACACCGACGACAACAGCAACACCAGGAGCUACCCCCACUACUUCGGCAACAAGACCGGCAACAACCAGGCUGUCUUUGGCGCUACCAAUGACCUCCGCGAGUUCCCCAUCAUGGAGGACGGCUCUGUCUGGGCUGAGGGAACCAGCCCUGGUUCCUACCGCGUUGUCGCUGACUACAACAACAACUUUGUUGGAGUUAUGAUUGAGAAGACUGGUGGUUCUUUCACCAAGUGCACCGUCAACUCUGAUUAG